CACCUCCUGCAGGGGUACCCAGGCAGAAUGAGGGCUCCCAGCUCCCGGGGGCCCUGCCCUGGCCCCAAGCCCAAGUGGCCCCACUCUCCAAGCCUUUACCUCCACCUUUGCCUGGAUCCAAGGUCCCACAGCAUUGGCCUGGGCGGCAAACUGUUGCCGGAGCCUCUCAUUCACCUGUUGCCGUGACAACUCCUCCUGCAGUGUCUGGUCACGCCUGGGCACCAACUUUCGGACCUGGGAAGGAACUUGGCAGAGAAGCUCCUCAAGAUGGCAGCAAUGGAGACACCUAAUCACCAGCUGCCAACUAAUCCAAACCCAGCAUCUUUCUCUUCCCUGAAGCCCUCUCUGAUCACCCUGGGGCUUGGCAACCUCCCCCUCUGCUCAGAACCAGUCCGCUCCUUUGGUGCCCACACAGCCAGAGCACCACGCACAGCAGAUCCUCAGAUGUUUCCUGCUUCAUUGCCUAAAUGCCUUGCUUGGUCACAGGCAGAGGCAGGAUGUUCCCCAGAGAGGCUGCCAGUUCUGGGGAACCAACAGUAUCCCAGUUACUGCUACCAGUGCCAGAGCCAGGUGCCACCACGAAGCGGGCAUUGUUCUGUCUGCCGUGUCUGCAUCCUUCGUCGAGACCACCACUGCCGCCUCUUGGGCCGUUGCGUGGGCUUCCACAACUACCGGCACUUCCUUUGCCUGCUGCUCCAUGCCACUGGUGUCCUGCUCCACGUCUCUGUGCUGCUGGGCCCCGCCCUGUCAGCCCUGCUGCAGGCUCACGCCCCCCUCCACACUGCUGCCCUCCUCCUGCUGCCCUGGCUCAUGCUGCUCACAGGCCGAGUGUCUCUGGCUCAGUUUGCACUGGCCUUUGUGAUGGAUACUUGUGUGGCAGGUGCAUUGCUGUGCGGGGCUGGGCUGCUGUUCCAUGGGACACUGCUGCUGCGGGGCCAGACCACGUGGGAGUGGGCUCGGGGCCAGCACUCCUAUGACCAGGGCGCCCGCCACAACCUGCAGGCAGCCCUGGGGCCCCGCUGGGCCCUCAUCUGGCUCUGGCCCUUCCUGACUUCCCCUUUGCCUGGGGAUGGGAUCACUUUCCAGACCACAGCUGAUGUGGGACUCAUGGCUUCCUGACUCCAGGAGGAGCCAAAACUAAACAGGGCAGAGAGGAGCUGGACGGUGUGUGUAGGGGUAGGGGUUUUUAACAUAUUUUCAGCCCCACCUCCAGGCACAGGAGGGAGGCCAGGUUGUCCCUUAUCCUUGCAGUGGGCAAUUCCAGCCCUUUCUCAGCCUUUCUUGCCCCUGCCCAGCUUCCAGCUUGGUCUCAGGUCUUGUGACUAUGCCUCUCCUGGCAGAGAUUACAGAAGAGAGUCUAGCAAGGGGCUGCUUGGCUGCUGCUCUGCCAGGCUAAUAAAUUGACCAUUGGGUCCUUGGCUUCCCUCUGUCCUUUACUGAGUUUCUGGUCCUUGUUUUGUUGCCUUGGCUGCUGUUUCUAGUUCCUCCAUUAGGCCUGGAAGCCACAGAAUGUCUGAGGGCCCAGGGCUGGGCCUCCUCUGGCUCUGGCAGGGGAAUGGGAUACAAGCAGUGGGAAUCCAGACAUGCUUUACAUUUUACCAGUCUUUAUGAUUGGAAGCAUUUCUGCAACAUUCUAAGAACUAAGUUUGGAACCUCUCUUAGCUAAUGUGAUACACUGGGUAGUAAGUAUGCUUAUUUGGUGAGUGAAAAAUGUAAAACCGGAGGAGUUGAUGUGCUAAGGUCAUGGGGUAAUAAACAAAGGAGGCAGGAUUUGAACUCAGGACUUUGUGCUUUCCCCUCACCAUGCACAGAUGGCGAGGAAAGGGAGCAGGAAAAGAAUCAGGGCAAAGCAGCCAGCUGGGACUGCAAAGAGGAUGGCUGUGCUCUUCUGUGGCUCUUUGGAGCUGUGUGCUUCACCUAUUUAAUGUAGCAGUCAGCAGGCUUCAACCCACAAGUUUUCUCUGCUCUUAGAGCCUCUCUAAAAUGAUAGUAAAGAAAUAAAAGAGAUAUAAAUUUACAAGGGGAAGGAAGACAGUAGACAGCAGUAAGUUAAGGAGCUUGACAGUUAGCCCAGGCUGGCCUCAAACUCUCCUCAAUCCUCCUGCCUCAGCCUCCCAGAGGCUAUUAGCAGCCUCUAAAGUGCUGGUAUUAGAGGCGUGUGCCACCCUGCCUGGCUCUUGACAAUGUUUUCAAAGAUGGAAGGUAGUUAGAAGCCUGUUCAUCCUUUAGCAGAGAAUUAGAAAUUGAAAUAGCAUGUUCUCGGAGGGACUGAGAGGCCAGCAGAAUUGCCCCCUGGAGAGGCUCAGGAAUUCCACCAUAAGGUAGGCAGGUGAGGCUUGGGGCCAGCAGUGGGGAUAGAGAGAUAGUGGCUAAGGAGCAGGCAAGCAGCUACUGCUGGGGGCCAGGUAGAGUUACUGGAAGAGAACUGGAUCAGAGAAGCUCAGGUCUUGAGGGAACUGGGGAAGGUGGGGAUGAGGGGCUAGACCAAAAAUGAGGUUAAGUGAAAGAGCACAGAUAAUGCUGGGGCACUUGUGUCCUCCCAGAAUGCCCAGGGUCACCCACCCUCUGACAGACUCUGCCCAUGCCACAGAGGUGACUGUUUCCUCCAGUCAGCGUGCACUGUUGGUAUUUUUUUAAAAAGAUGUUAGGUGGGCUGGGGAUUUUAGAUCAGUGGUGUUGCCUUGAAAGCACAAGGUCCUGAGUUCGAUCCCUGGUACCAAAGAAACAAACAAAACAAAAAAAAGAUGUUAGGAAUUUGUGCCUGGCACUGUGUGCUGUACAUAAGCACUGGAAGAUCCGUCCUGUUUCCUUCCUGCAUCAUCCCCCGGCCUCCAGGAUAUCUUAUUUUCAUGUUUUUAUUUAAUGCUGAAGAGAUGCAAGAGAAUAUUUAUAACCCCUAUACAGACACACACACUCCCACUCCCACUCCCGUUUGAAGGAACUACCAUUUCCUUCAGUCUUCCCUGGCAGGGAACGCACUGUCCUAUCUUAAUCAUUCCUUGCUUUGCUUUAUAGUUUUGUUAUAUUUGUAUUGGUUUUGCAUGUUUUUGAAUUUUACAUAAAUGUAAUCAUGAAGUUUAUUCUUCUAUGACUUGUUUUUUUACUUAAUGUUAUGUUUCUGAGAUGUAUCCAAAUUGUUGCAUGAAGCUGUGGGGAGUUCCUUUUCCCUGCUGUACAGUGAUCUACUGGAUAUACCACAUUUAAUUUUUUUACUUUGUUCCACUGGUCAUUUAAUAUACUCAUGUCCUUUGGGACUGAGAGCCCUUGCUCUUCCAUAUACAUUUUACAAUCACCUUGUCAGAUUUCAUCAAUAAACCUCUUCAUAUGGAACCCUAUCGAAUCUAUAGAUGAGUUUGGAGAAAUCAGAAUCUCCAUGACGUUCAAUCUUCCAGUUCAUGAACAUGAUGUAUCUCCUCAUUGAAUGUUUUCAAUAAAGCUAUACCUUUUCUUACAAAGAUCA